AUGGAGAGUCACUGGAUGGGCUGCCAGGUGAAAACUGGCACCGGACCAGAGUGGCAGACCCCGCUGGAGAAGAAACAGCAACAACCCCCAACCCUGAAAAUACGGGCUGAUGGGCUGGGUGGAGGUUGUGGGGUUGGGAUGGCUUUCGAGGGACGAUGCUCUGCUCAGGGCCUCAGUGUCCUGGUCCUUGGUGUCCUGCUUGUCGUCCCAGGGGCGGCGGCUGACAAGCUGAGGCUGGCGGAUGGAGAGAGCCCAUGUGAUGGGCGUUUGGAAUUGGAACAUAAUGGGCAGUGGGGGACAGUGUGCGAUGAUGACUUGGACAUGAAGGAUGCGGCCGUGGUGUGCAGACAGCUGGGGUGCAGAAGGAAAUCCAGUGUCCAGAAUCUGCCCAGUGUUCCAGAAGGUCAACCUCUCUCCCUCUCCCUUCCGCCGGUCCCUUGGUCCUUCCCCUUGCACUUCCCCUUUCCCUGGCCUUCCCCCAACUUUCACCUCCCCCUCCCUGAGGGCAGUGACUCCGGGCAUCUCUUUCCAGACCGGCGCAACAUCCGUGUGAUAGGGGGUGAGAACAACUGCUCAGGACGUGUGGAGGUGUGGCACAGUGGCACCUGGGGCACGGUGUGUGACGACUCCUGGGAACUGCCAAAUGCGGAGGUGGUGUGCCGGCAGCUGGACUGUGGUUCGGCCGUGGUUGCCCUGAAAGAGGCCGCAUACGGUCCGGGCACUGGAACCAUCUGGAUGGAUGAGGUGGCAUGCAAGGGGCAAGAGGCUUCCCUAUGGGACUGUCCUGCGGGGCCAAGGGGGCAAAGUGACUGUAAGCACAAGGAGGACGCAUCAGUGAAGUGCUCUGGAUUGAGCUCCAAGGUGGAGACCUUUCCCAGGAUCCUGUGGGUCGUGCUGGGAGCCCUGCUCUUCCUGGGCCUGAUCAUCCUGGGGGCUCACGUGCUGCUGCAACAGAGAGCCCGGCGCAAAGCUGCCUCCAGAACCCAGGAUCCUGUCUCCGAGGCUGUAUACCAGGAGCUCGAAUACACGUCAAAGGAGAAAAACACGUUGAGCUUCCAAGGCUCUGGGUCCUGGGGCUCAGAGACUCAUCUGCAGUAUUACACCGAGGACAGCGAAGAGGGAGAUGGAGCCGGAGAGCAAGGGUCCCAUAGAGAGCAGGAGUACGACAUCGUGGAAGACCCCUGGAGCAGUGACAUCCCCCCAUCGCCAGAAGGCAGCGACGCAGACUCCUUCCCCCCGGAGGACCCGGCCGACGGCUACGAUGACGCCGGGGUUCCCGACCCUGCGCUGAACGGUGCGGUGGCCCCGGAACCCCCCGCGGACGUCCCUGGGGGUGCGGUCCCCCCGACAGGUCGGACUUUGCCGUCCCGAGGGGAGGCCGAGGGCCCUGGGGCGGGGACAGGUGACCGGUCGUUGGCCCCCGAGGACCCGGACUACGACGAUGCCGAACUCUGUGUCCUGGACGUCUCCGAGAGAGCGGCCGAGCCCGGAGACCAGCUCCUGGGACGCUGACCCUGCCGCCCGGCUGGGCUGGGGUCGCGAUAGACAUUGCCCUCCCCCACCUGCCGCGAUAUAUCGCCCCCAGAGCAAGAGCCCCAGUCCUGUGGAGCACCAUUUCCAGCUAGGUCUUGGGCACUGCCUUGCCCGGAAGUGUGUGGACACCCCUUAGCCUUCGGCAUUGGCCGUUUCUACCAUUAAAUACG